AUGCCAGACUCACUGGUAUCAUCCAGACCACCUUCAAGACCGCGAAUAUCAUCAAGGACGCGUCUGUUCAGUGAUUCCAAGAUGAGCCAUUCUCAAUCAUCAGCCUGGAACUGGAAGAGCUUGAAUCCAUUUUCGGAUGAAUGGAAUGAUACACAACGUAAGAGAUUGAGAGUCUUCAUCAUGUGUGUGAUCGUAGGAUUAGCAAGUGGAAGUAACUAUGUCUACUCUGCAUAUGCACCUCAGCUAGCUACAAAGCUUGUCGUGUCAUCGACCAUCGGAAACUUGAUAGGUCUGGCUGGGAAUUUGGGUGUUUAUCUGACAGGUCCGUUGUGGGGUAAAAUCGUGGAUUCCAGAGGUCAGAAAAUACCAUUAUUCGUCGGGGGCUUAUGCUGUCUAAUAGGAUACUCAGUUGUGCACUCAUUUUAUGCCGGCACAAUCUCAAUACGAUCUGCCAAUUCAUCUGAACCAUCAAAUCUACGACUAUUCGUAUUAGAGUUCGCGAUGUUCUUGACUGGAUGUGGUGGAUCAUCAGGAUUGACAUCUGCAGUCAACGCUACGGCAAAAUCAUUCCCUGAUUCCACUAGAGCGAGUGCCAGUGGAACUGUCUUGGCUGGAUUCGGAUUGAGCGCAUUCUUAUUCUCAAGUUUAGGUCAUUGGAUAUAUAAAAGUGAUGCCGGAGGUCUAUUGAUCUUAUUAGCUGGUGGAACUGGUAUACCAAUGCUGAUAGGUUCCAUCGUUAUUGGACCCGUACCACCUGAAGAUGGUUAUGAAAAGGAAUAUCAAGUCAUCAAUCAACUUGACACUGACACACCAACAGUCACCAUCCAACAUCCAGCUGAAGAAUUCGAAAUUCAAUCAGAGCAUGAAGAUGAACUUGAAAAUGGAGUAAUGUCAAGGACAAGCUCAUUGGAAUUAAAUAGAUCAAGGUCACCUAUUUCAAGAGGUAGACACCCAAAUGUACAUCACCAUAAUCAUCAAGUACAUCAUGCGCAUUUCAACGAUGAUCAAAUACAAGCUACUUCACAUAAUCAAAUAACACCUCCAAACCAUAAAAGAUCAUCUUCUCUCGCAUCUUUACCGCCAACGUUACUUUCACAUACCCCAUUGGAAUUAUUCCGGUCCAUUGACUUCUGGAUUCUGUUUGUCUGCUUGGCGUUGCUCUGCGGUACAGGUUUGAUGUAUAUCAACAAUGCCGGAACUGUAGCUCUAGCCUUAGGUAGAGAAGGUCAAAGAAUAUACAACAAGGAAAGGGUAGCGGGUUAUCAAGCUAAGCAAGUUGGUCUGGUCAGUUUAUGGAAUUGUGGUGGUAGAAUCAUAGGAGGUGUUGUGUCUGAUUUUGGCAAGAACAAAUAUGGUAUAAGACGGAUCUGGUUUCUGCCAGUUGUAGCAGUGUUAUUCACAAUCUCUCAGCUCUCAGCUCUUGGGACUACUCGGGUACAGUCAUUAUGGAUGGUUUCCACUUUGCUAGGUUUAGCAUAUGGAAGUCUAUUCAACGUGAUGCCGAUGUUGGUAUUAGAAUGGUUUGGUAUGAAACAUUUCUCGCAAAAUUGGGGCUGGACAGCUGUAGCACCUGUUCUAGGAGGAAAUGCGUUUAAUCUCCUCUUUGGCAGUGUGUACGAUUCGCAUACUAUUGGUAAAAUAGGGACUUCUGACGGCGAUGGCGUUGUUGGCACUUUGCGACAGGUAUUCAGAAGAGACGGGGGAGCUAUUCCCGAUGAUGGUAAACAUGAUUGCCUUGUCGGUGAGGAAUGUUACGGAUCAGCUUUCAAGGUAUCAGCGAUCAGUACUCUGAUUGCACUAGGGUUAAGUGUAUGGGCAGGCUUCAGAAGAGAAAGAAUCAGUAAAGAAAGGAGGAAAGCCAUGUGA